UUCUGGACAACCGGCGGGCCCGGUGCGUCAGAUAGCUCUGUGUGAGGAGUGGAACAUUGGAUUUUUUAGAUGAGCUGUAGGUUGCUGUCUUGACAGAUUCAUAGUGCUUCCCCACCCCACGCCACGUUACGCUGGUUUGAUUUGCCACUGCCAGUACAGUAGCUACUGCAGUUUAGAGAGUGUCGAGAUAAACGAGUGAAAAUUGCCUGCCGUUCCGCUCGUGGAGUAUUGGAAAUUUUUGACGCCGUUGGAUUGUCAAUUUCGCAGCUUGUGUGCUGGGCAGAUGAUCGCCUGUAAUUAGCUGGCCAAGGAUGUCUUCCGACCACGAAGAGCUGUCGUUGCUGUUGGUGUCGGCAAACGUUGGAACCCUCUUCGAGCAGCCUGAACGUCUACUUGAGCCAUGGCUGAAUACUUUCUGUGCGAAAGUCAGUCAGGAUCAGCCAGACUUUGUGGCUCUGCAUUGCCAAGAAGUUGGCGGGAAGUCGUACAUGACUGGCAUGGAAUAUGUUGAUAGCUUUGUUGAGCGUCUAUUGACAUCUUCAGACUUGGUCGAGUAUAGUCGUGUGCGUGGUUACAUUGACAAAGAUUAUGAAACAAAGACGGAAUUUACUGCUCUGGGAAGUGUGUAUCUGGUUCACUCAAGAGUGUCGGAUGCUGCAAUGUGGGACUUUUCAGGAUGUCGAUUUCACCCCGUAGCGGAUAAGGAGGUAUGUAGAAUAAAGCACGACAACCUGAACAAGGACCCGUAUCACCGAAAGCUGAAGUAUCCACCAGAUUUCUUUCCGCAGUUCCCAUGGUCACGCAAGGGUCAUAUCAUCACGAGAUGGCGGUUACGGAACAGAGUGGUUGACAUCGUCAAUGUGCACUUGUUCCAUGAUGCUAGCAAUCUUGAAUCUGUCAGCCAGUCACCGUCCAUCUAUGUGGCCAACCGUGCUCGCGCUCUCCGCCAUACACUAAAAAGGAUCGAGGAGCUUGGACUGAGAGAAGCUCCCAUGUUCAUCUUCGGUGACUUCAACUUCCGCAUUGAUCUGCAUGGAAUUGUGCAUGAUCACCUUGCUGGCGUCAACGCCAAAUCGACUGAGAAAGAUGGAGUGGUGGCAUGCAUUGAGUAUUGUCAUGCCGACUGCUCAGAUGAUGAUACGCCUGCUCUGAAGUUGGAGAAGAAGGGAUUUGUACUCAAGAAAGGCAUUGCACCGAGUUGCUCACAGCUGAUUGAAGAGUGGAGGAAGUUUGACAAGGAAUCUAAGCAGUUCCCUGAUCUGUUUGAGCAGGAAAUCACGUUUCCUCCAAGCUAUCCUUUCAGUGAGGAUGAAGGUGUCACAGAUCAGUACAUGCACAGUCGGCCACCCAGCUGGUGUGAUCGUGUUCUGUACAACCAAGCAUGCAAGGACUUGCUGCAGCAGUCAUCUUCCACUGCUGAUUACGGUGUGAUUGGUGCUAGCGAAGAGAUGGGAGACCACAAGCCCGUUUGCCUGUCAGUGGGACUGCCAGCUUGUGCGGCUGCAGCUGUAAGCAACAACAGCCAUGGUAACAACAUUGGCAACUCCCAUGCCCAGCAAGCCUGCGACAAUGGCGACUCUGCUUCUGGAGAGCCUGCCGCCAAGCGGGUGAGCCAGCAGUUGCGUUGCGAUCAUACCAGUGCUGGGGGACUGCUGGUGACUUGUCGGCAUAUGCUCAUUCUGGCCAUGCUCUACUGUUUGACACUGAUUCUCAUUCAGUUUACAACGGGUGUUGACCCAAUCACAGCCAUCGUCAUCGUUCUCUUGCUGGCCGCCACUGUUCUCCACUUUGUCGAUCACCGGUAGCUGCAUUGCUCCAACCCACCGUUACUCACCCGACAAUUUACCCGAUUUGCCAGUUUAUCGUUGCGAUCUCUCUAUCUCGCACGCCCCCUAGCCUUCACACCUUUCAUCGUGUCAUCGUUGCUAUCAUCGUCGUCAGUCCUCUUCGCUUAUCAAUCCUCUUCGCCGUUGUCAUGUUCUACAAGGUGAUGUGCGCUUGGAACAUGUGCAGCUGUGUCGGUGAACACACCACAAUCAGCUGUUAUGGGAAGAAAUAUAUUUAUUCUGCUUGUGGAAAACAACAUUGCACUAGGCCUGUAUCAAGAUAGUAUAUUCUUAUAACAAAAAAAGACUAGACGACCUUUAGCUUGCUGUUUGCCUAACAUAUUUCCUAAUUCUGACUCUUGCCAUGAUAUACCAUCUUGAGUGUGUCACCUCUGCCGAAGGACGAAAGACAUUGUGCUUUCGAUGAGAGGCACGUCUAUCAAGCUUGUUCUUCUAUACUGAUCUAGUUUAAGUCUGUGUAGUGGUAUGCGUGUGCACGUGUGUUUGUGUGUGCGUGUGUGUGCGUGUGUGCAUGUGCAUGCGUGUUCUUCAUACACUAGAUUUUAUCUGAACGCCACUUGCCCCCGUCACCUCUUUACAUCGGUUGCACUGAUUCCUGCUAAGGAGGACGCACUAUAGCUAUAUGCGUCGGCAUGAGAAGUUCCCCAAUGCGCUCAUUUCACGUUUGUCUGUUUACGACCCAUGCACUUACUGCAAACCCAGCAUUUCAUGUAGAGAGAUAUAUGUCCACAUCCAUUAGCAGCAGACAACGUACUAUUUUGUGCCUCUGUAGUCGGUCUCCAGCUGUCUUUUUUCUUCUUCCUGUUUCAUCUCUUUCCUCCCCUCCAGGGAGUCUUUUGAGUUUCUUUGACAUGUCAGCUCACCAACAUUUGAGAAUAUCAAUGGUUUCGAUGGCAAAGUAA